AUGCGUCAGUACUCAGUAAGUCAACCACCAAAAGAAAAAAGAAAAUACAGUAAUAUUCGUCAGUAUCACGAAGAUUACUUAAAAAUGGGAUUUUCUUGUACUGGUGAUACAGAUAAUCCUCGUCCAUGGUGCGUUGUAUGUGGUGAAAAAUUGUCAAAUGAAGCAAUGGUACCCAGUAAACUUAAACGUCAUUUGUUUACUAAACAUUCACAUUUGAUCGACAAAAAUAUAAAAUAUUUUCAACGUUUAUUAAAUUCACAAAAUAAACAAAGUAAAAAUAUGACAACAAUUGUAAAAAUUUCUGAUAAAUCUCAAGAAGCGAGCUAUGUAGUAGCAGAGCUUGUGGCUAAAACAAUGAAACCACAUACAAUAGGUUAA